AUGUCAUUUCAGUUUGGAUUUUCUAAUCAGGAUCUCAGUGAUGAUGAGCUGACUGACCAACUCGCUGAUGGUAUCGAGAACUCUGACGUUGUUGCGAGUGCAGAGGUUCCGUCAAUCAGCGCAUUAGACUUGCCCCACUUGAAGUCCACAGGUUUGAAACAGCCAAAAUGGGAACCGUUGCAAAAUGUCUUACAGAGUCUGGUCGACGUUAGGGUCUCUUUUGAAAAGAUACUCACACCUCAAUGUUCUAUUCCGUUGUAUCGCCGAGAACUUUUCGAUGUCAAACACCAAUUGAUGACUGAGUCGGAAGAAAAACAAGAUGAAGAGGCACAAGCCGAACUAGAGAUUUUGAUCGGAGAUACGAACGAAGAUCUACGGAAAAACGUGUAUGAGGGGGGUCUUAAAUCAUGGGAAUGCUCGAUCGAUCUGGUAGAGACACUUUCAACUUCUGCACACCGCAAAACGCGUCAUACUACUAUCUUGGAACUUGGCUGUGGCACAUCACUGCCCUCUGAAUAUCUUCUCAGCCAGCUUCUGUCCGAAGACACUCAAAGUUGCGAUGCCACUUUCGUUUUAGCAGACUAUAACGAAUCGGUACUGCGACUUGUAUCUUUGCCAAACCUUAUCAUAACAUGGGCGUUGCAAACUUUGAACCCACAGGAGCUCACAAAACUACAACAAGGAGACGAUUCUUCUGUCCCAGUUGUGGAGGACGAGCUUUUGUUCACGCAAUCGUUACUUCGCAAAUUCCAAGAAGAAAUUGCUGCUCGAGGAAUCGACAUCAAACUUGUUUCUGGAACAUGGGGUCGUCAGUUCUACGACCUCUUGUCUGCACGUUUACAUGGUUCAUCGUCAGAACUUUUGAUCCUGUCCUCUGAAACCAUUUACCAGCCAGACAUGCUUCCUGUGGUUUCCGAUCUAAUUCUACAGCUGCUUACCGAUUCACAGUCGCAGCAGCGCCGCGCAACAGCUUUGGUCGCUGCUAAGGACAUAUAUUUCGGUGUUGGAGGUAGUGUCAUUGAGUUUCAAAACUAUAUCCAGAAAAGAAUCGCUGGUAACUCACUGAACCUAGCAUGGCAAACCUUCAAAGUGCAGGCCGGACUCAAGAGGUCCAUUGUUUCGAUAUACGGGGAACAAGCCUGA